GAAUUGUCGCCUUUACGCUAUAAACAGAAAUGUCAACUUGGUUAUAUAGUAGAAGAAAUAGUUUGAGUUAACUUUAUGGAUUUUGUCUUCUAUGUAAUUUAUUAAACAAGUUAAUAAUAAUGGACUUGUACGAUGAUAUUGACACAAAACCGCGCGCCAGUCAAAUCGAUGGUUGGUCCUCGGGUAUCAAAAUGCUGCAAACACAAUUGGCCAUUAAAAAAGCACAAGGACCAAAAGAGCCGCCCAAGAAACCGUUGAUGACACCAGUGGUCAACUUGCGCGCAAAAAAAGCUGCAGCAGAAGCAGAAGCGAACAAUUUGAGCAGCACCAAGAUAGAAACAUCUCCAAUGACCCCUAAACCAGUUAUUACAGCAAAACCUUUAGAACCAGUAAUUGAAAAUGUAAAAUCAGAUGAUUGCUGGGAUUUCGUAGAUGAAUAUGAUCCUAUGUGGCCGAAUGAGUAUGAAAAACUAAAGGAUAAAAAUCAAAAUAAGGAGAAAGAACAUAAAGGCGGUAGUGGAGGAGGCGGAGGACGAGGUAGUGAACGAAAACGAGGUCGGGGACGAAAUAACCAACGAGAUUCAUCACCGCCAGUUAAGUUUUCUGGUUUUGGUCAACGUCAAUCUGAAGAAGAGAAUUAUAGUCCACCUCCUCAAGGGUCUGUGUCCAGUAAAGGUGGUGCUGCAAUUGCGCCACCACCUUCGCUGCAAGAAAUCUCUAUAAAUAACGAAAACGGUGAUGGCUCUUCAAAUGUAACCAUACCCUAUUCUGCUAGCUCUGUUGCUGCAAAAAUUAUGGCAAAAUACGGCUUUAAAGAUGGUCAGGGACUGGGCAAACAGGAGCAGGGUAUGUCCAUGGCCUUGCAGGUGGAAAAGACUUCAAAGCGUGGUGGUCGCAUAAUACAUGAAAAGGAUGUGUUCUUGCCACCACCACCAGCGCCUAACAGUCCACCUGCAAGCAUGGCACCACCAGCAAUACCAGCCCCAAUAACGCCCUCCCUAACAUUAGCGCAAGCCGUAGCUGAAGUACCAGCGUCUGAACCUAGCAUUACAGAAAUCAUGAAAGAACCCAGCAAAGUGGUUUUAUUAAGGAAUAUGGUCGGUCCAGGAGAUGUUGAUGAAGAUUUGGAACCCGAAGUUAAAGAUGAAUGCAAUACUAAAUAUGGUGAAGUGGCUAAUGUUAUUAUACAUGAGGCAUUUGGAACGACACCAGAAGAAGCAGUGAAAAUAUUCGUUGAAUUUAAACGAAUCGAAAGCGCCAUUAAAGCGGUAGUUGAUUUAAACGGUCGUUUCUUUGGUGGACGUCAAGUGCGAGCUGGUUUCUAUAAUUUUGACAAAUUCAAAAGUUUUCAAUUACAUUAAAUUGAUUAAACAACUAUUAGAUAUUAUUAUUAGGUUUUAUUUGUAAAAUUCUUCAUCAAGUUAAAUAACAACAACUAUUACAUUUUUAAUA